CUUUGGCUGUCCCAAUCAAGGAAUCAUUGUGCUGAUCCCUUCCUUCUGCUUUCUGUGCAUGAGCGAGUUGCAACAUUAGGGUUUUUUCUUUACUAGGGACUUUAAUUUUCAUUCUUGUCUCCAAUAAUCUGACUAAAAUGUUUUUUCAAAGUCAGUGUUGGUUCAUUUGAAUCUGUCAGUAGACAGUAUUUUAAGUCAGCAAUCUGUGACAGUUCUUAUUCUAUAAAUGUAAGAUGAGACUAAAAUGCUCCAACUCAUAAUUUUGAGUUGCAGUCUAAUGUAUUUAACUUUUCAGUGUUACCACAAGUUCAACUCAGUUUCACAGUGGGAAAGUUCAGGGUGAACUUCAGCUUUUAGUUUCCUUUUCUCUUUGACCACUUGACAUGCGGUCAGCCUCGGUCAGUUUCAGUCUGUCAGCCUGAAAUCCUUCACUCCCUCUAAAGAGGAGGAUCAAGUUCAUCACUUGAAGAGAGUAGAAAUUAUCCAAGAGAUGAUCGCCUUCAUUGGAAGCUUCACUGGAGCUUGAUGGAUUUUUUUCUCUUGCAGGAUUUUUUAGAGGGCAGCCGUUUUUGACUUUAAUAGUAUUUCAUCCCUCUGCGAGGACAGCAAACAUAUCAGAUCCAGCAACACAUCAUAAAUCAGAUACCUGUGACAAAAGCUCCUGCUGCAGUCAUGGGUGAAGAGACUCCCCUGCUCAACAAAAGACCAGCAUCACCUGAAUCCAAGGCUAACAACUCCAGACUGUUCCUCGCCGUCUUCUCGGCUGUUCUGGGAAACUUCAGUUUUGGUUACUCCCUGGUCUACUCAUCUCCCGUCUUGCCAAAGCUCAAAAGCCCCGAUGCCGACCCCGGGCUCAGGAUGGACACAGAGCAGGCUGCCUGGUUCGGCUCGAUCUACACACUGGGAGCGGCGGCUGGGGGGCUGGGUGCCAUGCUGCUCAAUGACAUGAUUGGACGGAAACUGAGCAUCAUGGUGUCAGCAGUGCCGUCGUCUAUUGGGUACAUGCUGCUUGGAGGGGCUGUGAACCUGUGGAUGCUUCACGUGGGCCGUUUCCUCACAGGGGUUGCUGGGGGGAUGACAGCAGCUUCCAUUCCUGUUUACAUUUCAGAGAUCUCCCACAAAUCAGUGAGAGGGGCUCUGGGAUCGUGCCCCCAGAUCACUGCUGUGUUUGGGACCCUAUCCCUUUACGCUCUCAGUCUGGUGGUACCGUGGCGGUGGCUGGCAGUGGCAGGGGAGCUGCCAGCUCUGCUGAUGGUUGUGCUGCUGGUAUUCAUGCCCAGCUCCCCCAGGAGACUCCUCUCUCUGGGCAGAGAGCAGCAGGCUGAGAAGGCCCUCCGCUGGCUGAGGGGGAAACACUAUGACACACACACCGAGCUCCUGGCCAUCCAGCACAGCAUCAGCACACAGUGUAGAGUGACAUGGUCACAGCUGGCCACACCCAUCUACUAUCGUCCAAUAUUCAUCUCAGUGGUGAUGCGUUUCCUGCAGCAGAUGACAGGUGUCACGCCCAUCCUGGUUUACCUGGAGCCCAUCUUUUCUCAAAGCCAUGUCCCUCUGGAGCCCAAGUAUGAUGCGGCCCUUGUAGGUGUGGUUCGCCUCUUUUCUGUUGUCAUAGCAGCCUUUUUAAUGGACAAGGCAGGACGCAAAGCCCUGCUUUACGUGUCGAGCAUGCUGAUGUUCCUGUCCAGUCUGACUCUGACCAUGAUCUCCCACACCACUGCCUGCCCUCCUGGCCCCACCGCUCCUAAUAUCACUAUGAGUUUGGACUACGUCGCCCACAGUGGAAACACUGCAGCAAGCUUCAUUCCUGUCAUCAGCACCAUGGUGUUUAUAUUCGGAUACGCCAUGGGAUGGGGUCCAAUCACGUGGUUGCUGAUGUCGGAGGUGCUGCCACUGGUUGCUAGGGGUGUGGCUUCGGGUGUAUGUGUGACUGUCAGCUGGUUGACGGCCUUCAUGCUCACACACGCCUUCACACACCUGGUGGACAAAUAUGGCUUGUACGUGCCCUACCUGUGUUUUAUGGUGGUGUGUGUGCUCUGUCUGCUGUUCAACGCCGUGUGCAUCCCUGAGACUCGCGGUCGCUCACUGGAGGAAAUUGAGAACUAUUUCAGGACAGGACGUACGUUCACCAUCGUCAGGAGUCAUUCCACAUUACAGUCGAGCUGAAGCCUAAAGGUCCCCUUUAUCAAAGAAUACGUUUUUCCAGUGGUGUACCUCUAAAACAGGCCUACUGUCUCCUCCUCCUCCCACUGUUACUUUUGACUUCAGGUUCUCAGCAAUAGAAUAUGCAACUUGCAUGUUGUGACAACAGUGAUGAACAUGACAGAACACCACAGAUGGAGCCUGCUUUUUUCUCUUGCAUGCAGCCAUGGAGCUGGCACAGUGAUACAUCCCAACAUGUCCAAAAGCAGUAUGCACAGUGUACUACAACAUGUGCAGACCUGUACCAACAGAGGAAGAUUGUUUGUCAAUUUCUUGUUGAGCUCUUCACAAACAUCAAUUUGAGUUUUGCAUUUGAUGGCGGUGGUUGCUGCCAUGCCCAGUGGUUUUAUAUGUGGGGGUCUGGGGAGGUUCUGAGUGGUCCCCAGUAAAAACGGGAGUGCUUUAUUUUCACUAGAAAUUCAUGAAAAAGUUUGAGAACCACAGGCCUAUUCUAUUUGGCUGUCUGUCGGAUUAGCUGUCCACACACUCCAUACAUAUUGCACAAGCUACUGUGUUAGGACUGAAUACCAUUACACACAGUCUCCCUGUGUCUCUGGGCACAAAAUGAUUCAUUCUGUACAGCAGGAAAAACAAGUUAUUAGCUUAUGAGCAUCAAUAGUGGGACGAACAAGAGACUGUCACUGACAUAGUCUCAUUAACAUAAAACCUAAGCAAAAAGACAACACAGCACUAUCGAGUAUGAGUUUCUGUGGGUGGUGCCAAUUUUGUUGCAGGUUGGGUUAAUAUUUUGUUUUAAAUUAUGGCUUUUCAAAAUGCAACAACUGAAUGAUUCAGAUUUCUUUUAAUCAGACUGUAUAUGCUACGCUGACUGACAAUGGACUCCAAAACAUCAGCUACAUAAUCUAAAUACACAGUAUGUAAAUAUAUAAAGCGAAUAGAUCAUAUAAUAGUCUUAUAAGUCAAACAAAGAGGUUGUCAGCUGUCUGAAGAAAACAGGUUCAUCAGAUUUUCUCUGCCUGAAAAAGGAGACAGGAAGUGAUGUGUCGUCGGCACACACUGGUGACUCAGCGGGCCAGGUCACAUGCUGCAGUGUGUGUGUUCUCUCACUGUCCUAUGUUUGAGACUGACUCACAGCCAGCGAUGUCUUCCCAUCCUCCUAGUUCAGCAUUGUGUAGCCUGAUCACAGGCAAGAGAAAAGCUUCAAAACAGCAUUAGUGUGUGAAUGUUUAGUUUAUAAAAGCCAAGACAAUGCACUGGAACAUGUACCAUUUUCAUGACAGGAUAUGUCACUCAUUAGAUUACGGGUCGUACAGUGUUAUCACUCCAGCAGCUACAGUGGUGU